GAUAAAAUUACUGUUUUGUGUUGAACGUGCCUGUUUGUAGUUUCGAUUAUAAUAAAUACUAAUAGUAUAUUGCGUGCUUUGUUUUAUACAAGUAUUAAAAGAAUCGUAUAAUAGUCGCAGUGAAUUUCGAUAUUAUUUAUAUUGAACGAUAAAAUGUCUCACAGUCCGUAUAUAGAAAAUAAAGUCUUCCUUGUGACCGGUGGAGCCGCGGGAGUAGGAGCAGGCAUUGUCAGAUCAUUGCUCCUGGAGUUUGCCAGGUGUGUCGUUUUUCUCGACGUGUCAGAGCGAGAGGGCGCAGCCUUAGAGACCGAACUCUUGAACAAGUUCGGCGCCCUAAGAGCUAAGUUUAUAAAAUGUGACGUAGCCGACAGCCAACAACUCGCCGCCGCAUACAAGCAAGUUCUGGAUAAAUACCGGAGACUCGACGGAGUUAUAAACAACGCAGCGGUCCUGGGCACAGACGGAGACUUCAAGAGGAUGAUCGAUAUUAAUUUUACUGGUACAGUGGACAGUACGUUAAGAGCGAUGGAUAUAAUGGGAGCAGAUAAAGGUGGUGCUGGUGGUGUAAUUAUUAAUAUAUCAUCCUUAUCAGCACUAAAACUAAACCCACUUCGACCGGUAUAUGCUGCGACGAAAAACGCUGUGUUACAGUUUAGUAAUGCAAUGGCAGCCGAGCUGUAUUAUUCAAAGACACAAGUUCGCAUUAUAACUGUAUGCCUGGGGCCCACUGACACUGCUAUCUUGCAACGACUGGGCUUGGAAAGCUUUACUAGAGACGUUCCAGAAAGUCUGACCACAUCUGGACCCGAGAGACAAAAAGUGGAGUCAGCGACUUCGGGAAUUUUGGAUGUAAUCAAGAGAGGUCAGAAUGGUUCAACAUGGAUGAUUGCAAAUGACAAACCUGUCACCGAAAUUACGGACACUGUCAAGAACGGAUUUCAAAUUUUAUCUUUUGAAGUACUUAAAUAAAAAUAAAAUAUAAGUUGAA